AUGGUGAUGCGGAUGCAUCUCGUGCAGAGGAACGGCACGAGGUGGAUCUACGUGAAGCCCGACACGAGUCUGGCUCUGGAGGGCAGCUGCUGCUGCAUGCCGAUCGAGCGCCCUGGCAGCCAGCGGCUGCUCCGAGGCAGCUGGCGCACGGCCUCCGCAGCAGGCCGGUUGGCAGCCAGAGCAUCGUUGGCGGCGGGCGCGGCUUUGACGGCUUCCGCGCUGACCGGCUCCCUUUGUCAGAUGUUGCCCACCCCCCCAAGGGUCUGGAGCCUCGCCGCUCGCACCGCUGGCGCUGGGCGCACGGAGCUGCUGGAGGCGUUAAGGAGAGACGGCUUCGUUCGAGUUGAGCUCUCACGCGCGGAGCUCAGCACUUUGGAGGAAGCUGUCGGCGAGUUCGGCCAGGCGAGGGCGUUCCGUUACCCGCCGCCGCCACCCGACCCCGACGCAUCCUUUGCUUUGGCGCCAGACGUGCCCGCGGUCCAGAUUCGCAUGGCGCCCCCAUUCAGUAGGUGCUUCAACACUCUGUACGGAAUCUUGGUCGUCGCCGCCCACUCGCUGUUGGGCACGGAGCACGUGGCGCCGCCCCGGCGCGCCGCAUCGCGGCUGUGGCUGCGCGCCACCGGCCCCGACGACGGGGCGCGCUGGGUCGCCCCAGGGAGCGGGCAGCUGCUGCUGUGGGCAGGCGAUGGCCUGGAGCUGCCGGGCGUGGAGCCCGUGGAGCACUGCGUCCGGGUCGAUCCUGAGGGGCCCUACAUCGAGCACUCGCACUCGCGGCCCGACCCGGCGGCCCCUCCCAGCGGCAACAGGCGGAGCGUGGCCCUCGUGCUCGACGAGUGA